GGUCGACAGUAUUAGACCAAAGUGCAGAACGACGACGAAGUGCUUUCUGUUUUGCCGCCGCCGCGCCGCUCGUACGCGGAGGCAGCCUAUGCUCAGCUCAGCAGGCAGCGACACUCGUGUCGAGUUCGAGCUGAGAAUGUGUGGAAGGAGUUUUUCUGUUGACUGCUCUCACAGCCCUGUGUCAUGUCACAAUAAUCGGCGGGCGGAGCGACCGUUUACGAUACGUGGAUAGUUCAAAGUUCAGAAGACUCUUUGCUCCUGUGACUUUCAUUAGACUGACGGUCGGUAUCUGGGAGCCGACGGAGGAUUGAGGCUGAGCGAGUGGUGAAAUGAAGUACUAUCCGGCUCACGGAGUGACUGCCUUGGUUCGCCGACCAUCGUCGCUACCGAUAUUGAUCCUGGGCGUUAUAAUCGGCAUCUCUCUGACCCUCUUGGCGUUCAGCUCCCUCAGGAUUCUCUAUACGACAUCCGAGCCUUCGAGUUACCCAUAUGCGAGAGUCAUAUCUCACCAACGCCGACUGCCGGACGGACCUCAUCGGAAAGAUGACGACGAUACCGACGAUUGGCCCUUCGAGCCUUUUGAAAUCGCCGAUAGGUCGAAACAUGAUCACGCAGUCGAGUAUAGCCGUAGUCUACAGGAGAAAGUCCGCGUUCUCUGCUGGGUCAUGACUGAGCCCCACUCACAUAAGAGAAAAGCUCAGCAUGUGAAAUCGACCUGGGGCAAGCGUUGUAAUGUUCUCCUGUUCAUGUCGAGUGUCAACGACUCGUCACUCCCUACAGUCGCACUCAGAAUAGAGAAGGAAGACCGCAAUCACCUAUGGGAGAAAACCAAAUUGGCAUUCGAAUACGUUCACAGAAAUCAUCGAGAUGAUGCGGAUUGGUUCGUGAAGGCUGACGAUGACACCUACAUGGUAGUCGAGAAUCUGCGUUUCAUGUUAGCCCCGCACGACACUGCCCGGCCCAUAUAUUUCGGACACAAAUUCCGACCCUACGUGAAGCAAGGCUACAUGAGCGGCGGAUCGGGCUAUGUGUUAUCCAAGGAAGCUCUUGACAGGUUCGCCAAGAGGAACGCCACGACUUGCCGCCAGGACGCAGGAGGUGCCGAAGAUCUCGAGAUGGGGAGAUGUCUUGAGGCAUUGGGAGUCGAAGCGGGCAACUCUCGCGACGAGAGUGGCGCUGAGCGUUUCCUGCCGCUCAACCCCGAGUUCUUCCUCGCCAGCGAGAGAGAUCAGAACUUCUGGUUCUGGCAGUACACGUUUUAUGCUCAAAAAGAAGGAGCGAGGUCCAUCAGCGAUUCGUUCGUUUCGUUCCACUAUGUGAACCCUGCUUCGAUGCACGUCUUGGACUUCAUGCUGUACCAUGCGAGACCCUAUGGAUUACUCUCUUGGUUCCAGGAAGAAAAUUAUCGAGAUCCGGUCUUGGUGACCUCCAAUGCGACCGACUCGUCCAGUUAAAGAGAUUUUCUGUUGCUCUGCUAAAUCAAUAGGGGAGUCCCGGCAGGUGAAGAUAAUCGAACAUCGUUAAUCGACACUGUUCGACAAAAGUUCACUGCCGAUAUUCGAUCGAAACGUCUACGCCUCGCUCAUUCGGCUGACCCCUCCCUCACAAUGAUACGCGACCCGAUGGCCUUUGAGAGUAUAAGGUCUACAAACCGACUGAAUUCUUUCAUAUCAGUUCAUGUCUCAUUCGGACUGAUUUUUGAGCGCCCUGAAAUGUUUCCUCGAAUAGCUCCGAGCCACCGGAAAGGCAGAGGAGAGGCUACGAAUGCUCUCCUGACUAGGGAAGGGCCCUAAUGAGCUGAGCGCUCUCGUGAUCAGAUGGACUCAUGCUGUCCCGGCGGAUUCCAAUGAUGCCGCUCGGUGAUACGGAGUAUCCUCCGAGAUCUCCUUCGGGGUGGAAGGUCCACGGAUCUCCCAGGAAUAUCGAUUGGAACGAUUCCAUUUCUUCGGAUUGGGACCUUUGACUCGAUUUUCGUGUCACUCAGGAGGUUCCCGUUCCUCCCCCAAACGACGUGUCUAUGAUUGUGAUCGAUGAGACCGCUAUGUAUCGUUUCUCUUGGAGAGGCCUUGUAUAAAUAUCGUGUAAUCCCUUCAUUAGGCGUGAUGCUUGUCACUCCUCGAGGCAUUGGAGCACUCGAAAAGCCACUCGUAUCUCUCGAGCGAUAAGUCGGAAUACUCGGUCGAUUCUGCAAAAAUGAGUGUGCCAACGACGAAUUCAGUAGUAGUCAGAACCAUACAUCGACACGGCGGAUGAUAGACCGAAUAUGUGUGUGUGCGUUCGCGAGAGCGAUGACGUCUGCGCUAGGCCGCGUUUUGAAUAGUGAGUUUCUCGGGCCUGACGACGAGAAGUUAACUCCGGGUGCUGGGCCAUAAAUCUCUCGGAUCGAGACCUACGGGCGGACAGCUCGCGUCUUCCGAAGGAGCCUGUUGAAAUGCUCCGUACCGACGAGACGGCUCACGGAUCUUUUGGUUCGGUAAUUUUCUUCCCUUUUCGGAGGAGGGAAGCACGAUAUGUCCCGGUUUGCCAAAGUCAUUGUUGGAAUAGCUGAAAGGGAAUGGAUAUUUUGUGUAUCGACUGGAAUGAGCCAAAGACGACCUAGAUGCUCGAAUAUUUAUCGCUGGAUUUUGAUUCGUCAUCGAGGAUGUCGGUGUGAUAUAUCGAAGU